AUGCCGCCAUCGUUCAAUCUCUCCGCGGCCACGUAUGAGUUGUUCUCGGGAAAUGUAUCGUCAAUGUUGGACAACUACACCGCCGCGAUGGUGGAACCGUUUCCAUUCGAAGCACAACAGUCGCAGAGAUCAUUGUUUGGUAGAAACGCUUCGAUUACGCUCGGACUGGGCGCUGGCAGCGCCAUCCAACAGCAACAGCUCAACGCAACCGUUGCUAACCUAACCGCGGUACACAACGAAAGCCUCGCCAAUCUGCUACUGCAUCCGGGUAUCCACCAGCUGUCCAGCGGGUUGGUAACGCUCGUCGGUGACAUCAUGAGUCAGUCGGGUGAUGCGAUUCUCUCGCGCGAGGAGUGCGACCGGCUCAACAUUAGCUACGCGUUCGAGAACGGUAGCGCACUGGCGAUACCGGGCCUGAGCUGUUACGAACAUGCACCAACCCUGUCCAGGUCGGGCGUCAUCCGGGUGAUCGUACUGUCGGCGAUGGCGAUUGUGUCGCUGCUCGGCAAUGUGGCGACCAUGUGGAACAUCCAGAAGAACCGAAAAUCGCGCCGCGUUACCCGCCACAACUGGAGCGCCAUCUAUUCGCUCAUCUUCCACCUGUCGAUAGCGGACGUGCUGGUGACGGGGUUUUGUCUCAUCGGUGAGGCGGCCUGGUACUACACGGUGGACUGGGUUGCCGGGAACCUCUUCUGCAAGCUGUUCAAGCUGUGCCAGAUGUUUAGCCUCUACCUGUCCACGUACGUGCUGGUGCUAGUCGGUGUGGAUCGCUGGGUUGCGGUCAAGUAUCCCAUGAAGUCGUUAAACACCGCCCGCCGUUGCCAUCGGUUUCUGUUCAUCGCCUACUUGCUAUCCUUUCUGCUCAGCACACCACAGUGGAUGAUAUUCCGGGUGGCGAAAGGACCAUUUGUGGAGGACUUUUACCAGUGCGUGACUCACGGUUUCUACACCGACCGAUGGCAGGAGCAGCUCUACACGACCUUUACGCUAGUGUUUAUGUUCAUCAUUCCGCUACUGAUAUUAAUCGGUACCUAUUUAUCAACGUUCAUGACGAUCUCAAGUAGUGAAAAAAUCUUCCGCAUCGACACAUCGGCCGUUGACCGGACAACGUACUACCGGCGUUCCGACACGAACCGUCAACGGUUGAUACACAAGGCGAAGAUGAAGUCCCUCCGGAUAUCCGUCGUCAUCGUGGUGGCAUUCGUCGUGUGCUGGACACCGUACUACAUAAUGAUGCUGAUAUUCAUGUUCCUGAAUCCGACCGAACGUUUCGGUGAGGAUCUGCAGUCGGGCAUAUUCUUCUUCGGUAUGUCGAACAGCCUGAUCAAUCCGCUGAUUUACGGUGCGUUUCACCUGGUGCCGAUCCGACAGCGUCGCAAUCAGUACAAUCAACAUGUAAGGGAAGGCUCUGUGUACUUUCAGCGGUCGUCCACCUUCAACCAUCACAAUGGCCACCAGCGGAACCUGAAUCCGCACAUCAAGUUUUCCAACUCGCACUCCAACCUGCCGGAGGAGAUAUCGCUCAUGUCGCUGGAAAAGGAUCUCCGCAGCCUGGAUGAGAACGUGAACCAGAUCCACCAGAAGGGCGGAGGUGGCGGCGGUGGAAUGGGAGGAGCAGGAGGUGGGGGAGGACACGGGGGUGGGUCACGGAUCAAACGGCGCAGCUUCACCAGCAAGUUCCUUUCGUUUUCCCGCCUAUUUCAGCGCAACCAUCCCACUAAGCUUUAA